AUGCUCCCACUGAUGCGCCUGCGCAUACCCCUCGACACAGUCACGCUGCACACUAUCACAAUCAGCAGUCGCCCAAGCAGCAGCAGCACCAGCAGCAGCAGCAGCAGCAGCAGCAGCAGCAGCAGCAGCAGCAGCAGCAGCAGCAGCAGCAGCAGCAGCAGCAGCAGCAGCAGCAGCAGCAGCAGCAGCAUCAGCAGCAGCACCACCAGCAGCAGCAGCAGCAGCACCACCACCAGCAGCAGCAGCAGCAGCAGCAGGCGCACCAUCCUACAAGGGAUAUCAGGGUCUGCCCAAGCAGGGCAAGUAACAGCAAUCAUGGGCGCCAGUGGGUCUGGCAAAACCACUCUUCUAGACAUCCUCUCGCACCGCAUCUCCCUCCCAUCCGCACCACUUCAAAUUCCAUCUGCACCAGAACCGCUUCCUUCACCUUCCGCUUCUCCACCUCCUGACACCCCACCCUCAAUAACUGCCCUCCCAACUCCCACCACCGCCCUCUCCCCUUCAAUAACUCUGAACGGGGCACCUGUGACAGCCAGCAUCAUGAGGCGAGUGUCAGCCUAUGUGAUGCAGGACGACCUGCUGUUCCCUGCGCUCACAGUGCGCGAGACACUGCUUUUUGCCGCUGAGCUGAGGCUGGGGAAUGGCAGGGUGGGGAGGAGGGAGAAGGAGGAGAAGGUGGAGGGGCUGAUGCGCCUGCUGGGGCUCACUCGAGUGGCGGACUCGCGCAUUGGGGAUGAGAACAGGAGGUACGUGAAGCGUUGGGAAGAGACAGGUGUGAUCUUGUAUGGAGAGGUGGAGGGGCUGAUGCGCCUGCUGGGGCUCACUCGAGUGGCGGACUCUCAAAUCGGGGAUGAGAACAGGAGGAGCGUGUCGGGUGGCGAGUGCAAGAGGGUGGCGAUAGGAGUGGAGAUGGUGGGAGACCCCAAGCAGACUUCACACCUCACUCAAUCCAACAUUCUUCUCACCUCUCCCGUUUACUCGUUUCCCUUCAGGGGUGUAUCAGGCGGCGAGCGCAAGCGGGUGGCGAUAGGAGUGGAGAUGGUGGGGGACCCCUCGCUGCUCUUAGUACUCAAACCAUGCUACUCCCUCUCUUCCUCUCCCUUCAUUCGCUCGUUUUCUCAUCUCAGGGGUGUAUCAGGCGGCGAGCGCAAGAGAGUAGCAAUAGGGGUGGAGAUGGUGGGGGACCCCUCGCUGCUCUUCCUGGACGAGCCCUCCUCGGGCCUCGACUCUACCUCGCAAGAGAGUAGCGAUAGGGGUGGAGAUGGUGGGAGACCCCUCGCUGCUCUUCCUGGACGAGCCCUCCUCGGGCCUCGACUCUACCUGGGUGUGUCGGGUGGCGAGCGCAAGAGAGUAGCGAUAGGAGUGGAGAUGGUGGGAGACCCCUCGCUGCUCUUCCUAGACGAGCCCACCUCUGGCCUCGACUCCACCUGUGCCUUCCACGUGGUCAAGGCAGUCAGAGACGUGGCGAGACUGCGCCAGAGCAUAGUUCUUAUGGUGCUGCACCAGCCCAGUUUCAGGGUCCUCAAUCUCCUCGACAACCUCCUUCUCCUUGGAUCUGGGCAUACGGUUUUUUCAGGCUGCCCGUCCGAGCUGCCAGGCUACCUCACGGAUUUUGGCUGCCCGGCUCCGCCGUUUUCCAACCCAGUGGAAUUCACCCUUGAUCUGAUCCAGUCGUUGCAGAUGGAGGGGCAGCAGGAAGGGCAGGGGGGGCUGGGACUGGAGGGAGGACUGGGAGGAUUGGGAGUGACGAGAGGUCAGCAAGGGGAAACAGUGGGGACAGAGGGAAAUGAGGGGCAGGAGGGAAAGGAAAGCUUGAAGGGAAGAGAGGAGCAGGACGUAGAGGCACAGGAUGGUGUGAAGAUGAGCGGUGUGGCACAACAAUCAAACGGCGGCGCUGAUACACCUGGCAUCCAGCGAUUGGCUGAGUUUCAUCGGGAGUGGGUGAGACUGAAGGGGAUAGGAGAAGGAGCGGGUGUGGAAAUCAACCUUCAAGAAGCAGUGGGAGAGCGAGGAGCAGAGAAAGGGCAGGAGGAUCAGGAGCAGCAACUGGGCGACGAGAGAGAGGAGGCGGAAGAGGUGGAAGGGCAGGGAAGUGUGAGGAAGCAGCAGGGAAAGUAUGCAAACGGGUGGUGGCGGGAGCUGUGGGUCCUGACAGCCCGGUCGGCUAUUGUGAUCCGAAGGACGCCAGCACUGUACCUGCUGCGCCUGCUGCUUAUCAUGAUAACGGGUCUGCUUAUAGCGUCGCUCUUCUGGCAGCCAGAGUUCAACACACGCGGGGUGCAUGAGCGCCUGGCCUUCAUUGCCUUCCUCACAUGCACGCUCUUCUUCUCCUCUGGGGACGCCACACCUCUAUUCAUACAAGAGGGCAAGAUUUGUCCGUGUGAGUCCACACCCCGCUCCCCCCUCUUCAACGCUCCCCCCCCCUCCCAGGAGCGCAACAUAUUUGUGAGGGAGACCACGCACAACGCGUACCGCCCGUCCACCUACCUGCUCGCCUCCACCCUCGUCUACCUGCCGCUGCACCUCCUCAUGUCCCUCGAUAUUAUUCUGGAGGCCUGGUGGUGCCUCAGCCUCACAGGGGGGCUCGGAAGGGAGCGCAACAUAUUUGUGAGGGAGACGACGCACAGCGCGUACCGCCCGUCCACGUACCUGCUCGCCUCCACCCUCGUCUACCUGCCGCUGCACCUCCUCAUGUCCCUCGCCAUCACUCUCGAAGCCUGGUGGUGCCUUAGCCUCACUGGGGGAGCUGCAGGGCUGGCCUUCAUGGUGCUUGUGUGCUUCUGCUGCCUCUUCACGGGGAAUGCCAUUGCCACCUUCGUUAGUGCCACAGUCAACAAUGUCAUUCUCGCCUAUGCGGUGGUCAUCACUGUUUUGGCAAACUUUGCCCUUGUCUGCGGCUUCUAUAUUGAGCGAGCCAGCAUCCCCUUGUACUGGCUCUGGCUACACUACAUAUCUCCUCUGAAAUAUGCUUAUGAGGCGCUUGCUCUUAAUGAGUUUGACCGGGUGACCUCGCUCUGCUACCUUUCUGCACGUGAUAUCUACUCCUCUACACCACUGUCAGUUCUGCUCGAUGAGGUGGAUGUUCAAAGGUCACUCGUUGCACUGCGUCCUGCUCUGAUUGACUCCCCGUUUGCUGAGGUGUCAACAUCCACCUGUCUUCAGACUGGUCCUGAGCUGGCAGCAUUUUAUCUGGGCCUAACACAGCUUGACAAGUGGCAAU